UGCGCAGUACGACCAGUCAAGAUGGCGGAAGGGGGAGGCGACACGUGGUUCAGCGGCUGGGUCAAAGCAGCGAAAGAUAAGUCAGGUGAAGUGUUUGACUUCAUGAAGAGGGACCUGACUGAGUUCUCCACAGUCGUUCAGAAGGACACGGCUACAGCUGUGGCUUCCACAGCAUCCACAGUCAAGGGGAAGCUACAUGAACGCAAGAUUUCUCUACCAUCAGAACUGGGAGAGCAGUCAGCAACUGGAGGUGCUAUAAAGGAAGGCCUCUCCAACUUUCUCGGCGCCAUCUCACGAAGUCUGGCCGUGGACGAUGAUGAUGUGGAAGAGAUCCGUAUUGGGCCAGCCUCACCGACUGCUGUGUAUGGCAGGGCACAGGCUCGGCUACACAACAUGCAGAUUGAUCCUGGAACCUACUGCAAUGAACCAGAUGGCCCUCAAGACCUGUAUAUCAAGUGGCUGGAGACCUUUGACCUGGAAGGAAUCAAAGGCGACAUAUCUGACUUAUUGGUGGCUAAAAAUGAAGUCAGAGCUCUGUACACACGUUUGGUCCCAUCAGCUGUUUCUCACUCCGAGUUCUGGCAGAGGUAUUUUUACAAGCUACACCAACUGCAGCAGGAUGAGGCCCGCCGAGCGGCUCUGAUGGAACGUGCUGACAACACCAGCCCCAGUGAUGACCUUGGAUGGGAAGAUGAUGAGGAUGAGUGGGGCUGGGAGACUCCUGAUGCCUCCACCCUGCCUGCUAUCAGUGAAGGGGCUAUAGCAACUCAACAAGGUCAAAAAGAAGAGCAAAAUGAGGAAUCAGCCCCAAGGGAAGCAGAGCUUGUCAUACCAGAGGAAGAGCAAAGUUCAAGUGCUGUGUCAUCUGAGGGAUCUUCUGAACUUGUCAUGUUGGAAAAACCAUCCUCUGAAGCCUCAGUGUCAUCUGAUGAAGCUUCGACAGUGCAUGUGGAAGAAUCAGCCAAAAGGAGUAGUCCCGUAUCGUCAGAUUCUUCUGAUGUCGUGCUUGUCGACAGACCGGACAUCGAAGACACAAGAGAAACAGAAAGUGCAAAGACUGAAGUGCAAGUACAACAAACCUCUCUGGCUGAGAAAUCUGACAAAGCUCCAGCGGUUCAAGUUUCCACAGUUACCCAAGAAAGUCUAGACAAAGAAGACUCUGAAGAUAAGACAGGUAUUGCUGAAAGAACUGAGCCAAAACAACAGCAAUCUUUGGACACAGUGGGAUCAGACCAGGUUGUGGAAGCAAACGCAGAAGAAACUAUCGUAGAUAGUCUUGCUGUACAAGUUGAAGCCCAAGUCAGGAUACCUACAGAGAAGGUAGAGGAAAAGGGUCCAGAAGCUGAACCACAAGUGCCUGCAGCUGAGAGUAAGAAGGAAGAUGUGAAAGAAGUGCAUGAACUGCUGGCAGAAACAAAAACAGUGGAGAUGGAUCGUGCAUCCCCAGCUUCUGCUGGUGGCAGCAGUGGGGCCAAAGAUUCCUCAGAGAGCCUGAGUGAUGAUUGGGAAAAGGACUUUGACCUGGACCUAACAGAGGAAGAAAUGAGGAUUGCUCAAGCUGCUCUUGAAAAAGAUGGGAAGGACACUGGAGACUUGGAUGACGAUUGGGAGAGCUGGGAAUGAAUGGAAGGACCAAUCACUAAAACUGCUGACAUCAGUGACUGAUAUUUUACAAGGAUUUGUGUUGUGCAAAGGAGCAAUGGUUGUGGUCAUUCAAUUCUGAGUUAAAUUAUUCAUGCUUUCUUUAAGUUUUAAAAGUAAGUUUCUAUUCAUAAUAUUAAACAUGGAGUAGGAUGCAUUGUUGCUGGGUUAUUACUAAAAUGUUAAAUAAUUGAAUGGAUGUUUGAAUCAUGUGUAAGUUGUGUAUUCUGAAAAUGCAUGUCGCUCUACAUGUAUAUUGUACCAAGUUGCAAAGUAAUCUCUAACAUCUUUUGUCUUUUACGUUGAACUAUGGUGGGAAGCAUAUACUGUAUUAACUAAUAAAAGUUGACAUGCCAUUCCAUAGAUGAUGGUAAUUUUGCCUUGUUAAGUGGCAGACAUAAUCUUGUGGUGCUAGGCAUGGGGACAUUCUUUCAAUCUAUUUUAUCAUUAAGUGUUUGACCAAAUUUAAUUUCAGAUAACUUUAACCUAAGGCCACACCAAUUUAAUUUCUUGGUUCUCAUUUUUUUCUGAUUUGCCAAAAAAAAAAGAUUCUGGUUCAGAA